AUGUCAAAAGAAGAUCGUAUUUUCAAGACUAGCAUUGGUGCCUAUGACCAGGUCAUUGCAUUGUCUCAGGUCAUGAUCAAUGAGGGCCUGAAGAAUCUCUGGAGCAAAUCCGUUUUCGCCGAAGACUUGGCUCUUGCGAGAUCUCGCCAGACAAUUCUGGAGAAAGGAGAGGAGCUUCCUGAACUAGAGAAGCCCCUGGGGUUCUCCUGCAGCCCCACGCCCAACUCAUUCCUCGAUGAAGUCGUUUUUGGUCCUCCCCAGCUCAUUCUUAAGCCCACCGGAAGCGAUCUCAGUUCCAUCGAGUAUAAGUUCCAUCUUGCUAGUGGAGAGCUACAGGCCAUCUGCGAUGAGAAUGCCGAGUCCAGCGCACCUGAGCCCGUCAAGCGUAAGCCGGGCACUCGCGCUCCCAUCAAGAAGGCGUCACGGCUGUAUUCGCGAUAUACCAUCAAGGAUUGGUACGUGACCAUUCCAAUCAAGCUUUCUCUCGUUCCGAUGGAACCAACCUCGAAGGAAUUUGCAGAAGCGAUGAAGUUGAAGAAGAAGGGUAACCACUCCUUACAGAAGCUUCUGGUUGAUACAUCUACCAUCAACUGGGCGACUGCCACAGUGGACCUGGGCUACUGGGCCGAGACAGAUGAGAUGGUGGAUGAAGAUGGGUUUGCCCGCACCAUUGAGCACAAGGUUGUUGGCAACCACCGCUUGUGGGAACAGGAAACCCCAACCUUCCAGUUUUAUUUCCGGCAAAUGAUCGAACAAGGAUUCAAGGACACAUGGGAGAAAGGCCUCGGAAGACUGUGCACGAUUGUCAAAGACAAAGAGGAUGACUCUCUGACGCCGACAUUCGAGAUCAAUGAUGUUCGCCACCAGACCUAUCCAUACCGAGAAGGUAACACCGACGUUCUUCAUGGCAUUCCCCAGGGCAAUAAUCACUACCUUUUGUACCUGGAAACCGUGGGAUCCAAUAUCCCUCCACCCGUCACCCAGGAGGGUGCCACUCUCUCCCCCAGCGGGGGAAACUGGACCGAAGGUGGGGACUACCAUAGUACCAACAACAAAAGCAAAUUUGGUACCUACGUGCUUUCCAAGAAAUGCUUCCUGGAGGGACACCUGCUCCCUAAGCUCACCGAAUUCAAUCGCAUCAUGCAGCUAGACAUCAUGGAGCGGCAGGCUGAGUCGGAUGCCCAAUUCUUCCACUGGUACGCCAAGGUUGGUUACAAGGUGCACCUGGGCAAAGGAUUUGAGGAUCGGGUAGGCAACUCGGCCAAAUUUGACUGGACGCCUGGAAACCCCGUCAUCAAGCCAUAUUGGGAUGAUCAGCACUGGUAUAACAAGUUCAGAGACCAGGAAGAAGGCCAACUCAUCUGGUCGAACGUGGAUGAAGAGUGGGACACAUCCGGAGCAUACCACCACAACGGAUCCGUCGAGACCUGGGCGUAUGGUUCUACUAUCACAAUCAAUCGCGUGGUAGUCACCCCAGGCUCCAACGUCAUCCGGAUGCAUGGUAUGUCCUGGAACAGAUUCACCUACAAGGUUGAUCCCAGUAAGAUCGAGUGGAAUCGCAUUGGAGGAUUCCUCAAUGUCGUUCACUGGGAGAUAAACUUUGUUCUUCAAGCAAGUCGCGACGGAGGCCUCUUCAUCGAGGUCAAGUCUGAGCUGCCGCGCGUUGAAUUCCCAUGGCAGGCCAAUGGCAAGUGGGGCCUGGAGCCCUUUAGACAGAAACUUCAGACUUCCUACGAAACUGUCCAGAAGAACUUCGAAUACAUUACUGAGGGUUUGAAAAACUGUCUUCAAGGUCAGGAUCGCCUUAUUCUGCCUUCUACCGGCGUUUACCUCUUCAGCAACCCGCUAAUGGGCCACAACGGCGACCUGGUCUGUAAUCUGGAAUAUGUUGAGGAACCAUUUGAUGCCGAUGGUGAAGUCAAGAAGGAUCUGAAUGAGAUGACUAAUUUCAAGCGCACUCCAACUCGUGAUCUGGCGAGGCACCCGGUUUUUGAAAUUGCUGGCAACGUGCAAGCAUCCGAAGCUGAUCAUAAAGAGGAAAUUUAA